CGCAGCGCACGGAUUAACCAGUGGCAGUUUGGAAGCCAGUGUAGGAGCCCGCCUGCUGUGGUGCGCACGUGACCGCCGGCAGCGACACAGGAUUUGACUUCCAGCCACUAUGGCGGGGAGGCCCACCCCCGGCACUCACAGUCAUCCCCACGGCUACCACGGCAGGACCCCUGUUGUAGCAGCACCACCGACGACUCCCUGUCACACUCCUCCACCCGAUGAAGCUGCCAUCGCUCGCAUGCGGAGCCUUUCUAGCGCGGAGAGAAUCAGGAGGCUGUCGCAGGCAGUAAAAGAGGGAGCUGUGGAAGAUGUGCGGGUGUUGCUGGCGGCAGAUCCACAAAUGGAGAGCGACAAAUACAGCAAGAUCCUGCGCAGGGCAGCAGGCAAGGGACAUGUGGAGGUGGUGAGAUGCCUGCUUGAAAGUGGGGUGGAUGUGGACGCCAGGUCCGAAAAGCACACCACACCUAUGCACAGGGCUGCAUGGAAUGACCACGCAGCUGUGGUGCGGCUACUGGCAUCAUACGCUGCAGACCCCAAUGCCAUGAGUAAGAGUGGGAGGACGCCACUGCACUGCACUGCACAAAAUGGCUGCACUGAGGCAGCUGUUGCGCUGCUUGAGGUGGGAGCUCACAGGUCUGCCAGAGAUCAUGAGGGGUACACCCCCUUUGACAUAGCUAGGGAGUGCAACAAUGAGCAGAUCAUACACAUUCUAUCAAGAAGGUAACACUAUGAGGAUAUGUGGAGUAAAACAAAGCUCAACUACAUGACUUUGUUACCUUUUAAAUAAAAAGCAAUUACUUGUAUUUUUAUUCGUUCGUAUCUGUCAUUGUGUAACACGUACGACUUCUUCAGUUA